AUGGAGACGGUACAGCAUCUCCCUACACCACCAGAGACGGUACAGCAUCUCCCUACACCGCCAGAGACGGUACAGCAUCUCCCUACACCGCCAGAGACGGUACAGCGUCUCCCUACACCACCAGAGACGGUACAGCGUCUCCCUACACCGCCAGAGACGGUACAGCAUCUCCCUACACCGCCAGAGACGGUACAGCAUCUCCCUACACCGCCAGAGACGGUACAGCGUCUCCCUACACCGCCAGAGACGGUACAGCGUCUCCCUACACCGCCAGAGACGGUACAGCGUCUCCCUACACCACCAGAGACGGUACAGCGUCUCCCUACACCGCCAGAGACGGUACAGCGUCUCCCUACACCGCCAGAGACGGUACAGCGUCUCCCUACACCACCAGAGACGGUACAGCGUCUCCCUACACCACCAGAGACGGUACAGCGUCUCCCUACACCACCAGAGACGGUACAGCGUCUCCCUACACCGCCAGAGACGGUACAGCGUCUCCCUACACCGCCAGAGACGGUACAGCAUCUCCCUACACCGCCAGAGACGGUACAGCGUCUCCCUACACCGCCAGAGACGGUACAGCGUCUCCCUACACCGCCAGAGACGGUACAGCGUCUCCCUACACCGCCAGAGACGGUACAGUGUCUCCCUACACCGCCAGAGACGGUACAGCGUCUCCCUACACCACCAGAGACGGUACAGCGUCUCCCUACACCACCAGAGACGGUACAGCAUCUCCCUACACCACCAGAGACGGUACAGCGUCUCCCUACACCACCAGAGACGGUACAGCAUCUCCCUACACCACCAGAGACGGUACAGCGUCUCCCUACACCACCAGAGACGGUACAGCGUCUCCCUACACCACCAGAGACGGUACAUCCCGCCCUGGUACCAUCGUACCGUCAAUGA